AUGUGCGGCUUCCGUCCGGCGCCCGCCUCCCUCCGCAGCAGUGGGGCACAGCCCUUGUUGAACUUCUGCUUCUUCGCCGCUUCUCGUCGAUUCCGUGCUUCUGCUUCGCCAAUCUUCGACUUUAAUCCCCCUUUUCGUGUUCCUCACCACCACCACAGAAACGAAGAAGAGGCGGGAAGAUCGCCUACGGGGCAGCUCCUCCAGCGAGCACAGCAGCCGAACGUUUGCGUGCUCCUCAUCGGUACAGACAGCUGCAGCCUUUGCACCAAGGCAGCUCUGUCUGUGCAGCGGAUCGCCUCGGCUUUGAGUUUGCCGCUCCUCUGCCACACAAGCGCGGCUACUGCCCCCGCCUUCCCCUCCCCAGCAGCCCUUGCGGCAGCCUUAAAAGCCUUCCAAACCUCCGUGCAAGAAUUUCCCCCGCAGGUGCACCAAGCGAACGCUAAGCCCCUCCUUCUCUCCUGCCACGACUCCCCCACGGCAAUAAAGGCCCCUAGCGACUGCGCAGCCCAUCCGUCUGCAUGCGAGAGUUUCGCUGACGAGGCUGCUGAAUCCAACAGCCUUCCAGCCAUCGCACCUUUCCCUGUGUUCUUCGCUGCACCCAACAGAAUUGACCCCUCCGCUUCCAAGGUGUCUGUGGAGCUGCAUAAACUGAGUCUUGACGAUACUUCCACUGUUGCCCAGUUGAGACUAACCCCUCGCGAAGAAGAGGCUCUGCGUGCUCACGUACCAGUUGUGUUUGUGGGGGAACUCGCUGUCUCGUGGCUCAAGUUCAAUGCACCGGCAAUACGCACAGCCAUCUUGAACGAAGGCCCCCCCCCCCUUGCUUCAGCACGACACGGGAUAUACCUUCUAGAGUUUGAACUCAGCGCUUUUUGCACAUAA